AUGCAGAACGACGCUGGUGAAUUUGUGGACCUCUACGUCCCUCGUAAAUGCUCUGCUAGCAACAGAAUAAUCGGAGCCAAAGACCAUGCUUCUGUCCAGAUCAACAUAGCUGAGGUGGACAAAGUCACGGGUCGCUUUAACGGCCAGUUCAAGACCUACGCCAUCUGUGGCGCCAUCCGCAGGAUGGGAGAAUCUGAUGAUUCCAUCCUCAGGCUGGCAAAGAAUGAUGGUGUUGUUGCCAAGUAA